GGAAGUCAAAGGCUGGACCCGGAAGAGAAUUACGAACUUUGAGAGACAUGAGCUGUCAAACAUACCUUUAUUGGUAAUUUUGAAGUUUUUGGAAGGGUACAUUUAAUCAAAGAUGGCACAGUUUCACGAGAGCAUUCGCAAUGCUUUAUCAGAAUUUGAUAAAUUUCUGGAAGCUCUGAAAAGUGAAAAGUUAUCAAAGAAGUUGCUAAGUAACAAGGAUAAGCUGAUUGAGUUGCUGAAGAAGCUGAGGGAUGACUACCCAGCUCUUGCACCAACCCCAACGAAUGAUAUAGAGGGGUCUGAUGGAUCAGCGGGGAGAGUGAGCAACCUGAGUGUAGGAGCGGCAGAUGAAGAUGACUAUGCCUACACUGAGACAUCAGAUGUGCCUGAAGUUGCUGUGAAAGAUCUAACAAAUGCUGUCAAAAUGGGAUACUUGGAGAAGAAGAGGAAAAAAGCCACGCUUCUACAAAGUGCGUAUCAGAAGAGGUUCUGCGUGAUCCACAACAAGACCUUCUACUACUAUGAGAAGAGCAAGGAUGUCAAACAGUCUGGAGCCUUUUUUCUUGAAGGCUAUGAGUUCCGCGAGGCACCACAACAUGUCAAGGAGGCUGCCAAGAAGGAACUGAGCUUUGAGAUGGUGGCGCCAGGGAAGCGGUCAUACCAGUUUCUAGCAGAGUCAAAGGAGGAGUUCCAGUCAUGGCGGGUUAUCAUCGAGAGUGGCGGAGAACCUACAGGUAGCAGUGACAUUCCAAUAGAGGGCGAGUUCGACGAUAUUUAUGAGGAUAUGGAGGAGGUGGCAGAGCAGGUGAAGACAUUGUCGGCAACCACUGAUGUUCCACAGCCUAAUGGCGACAAGGAUGAUCAAGAAGUCUAUGAUGAUGCAGAGUCUGCCACAAAAGCAGACGAGGAGAUUAUCGGUGAAAUGGAUGAGGUUUAUGAUGAUGUGGGAAAUGUUGAAAAAUCUCUGCCAGCUCCAGAGAAACCCACAGAAAAACCACCUCCAGUUCCCCCGCCGAUGAGAUCCAAACCUUCUCUGCCUCUCCCAGACCUUCCACCCCCUCCACCCCCAUUCAAACAGGAUCAGCCUCUUCCAGCCUUACCAUGCUUACCGGACCUACCCCCACCCCGGCCUACUAAACCCAUCCCCAGGCCAAAAUUGGAGCUGUCGAUCAAUCCAUUGGAGGAUUAUGAGAACAUGUAUUAUGGAAAAUGGGACUGGAAGGCUGAUUCAGAUGAGGAGUUGUCCUUCAAGCACGGUGAAAUUGUUCAUGUUAUUAACCGCGAGUUUGACAACAAGGACUGGUGGGUUGGCCGGAUAGAUGAAAAGUAUGGUCUUGUGCCAAAACAUUAUCUCAUCAGAGCGUAUAAAGCAAUGGGAUGAAUACCGAGGAAUCAAAAUUUUCAUGAUUUUUUAUUAUUGAUUUUGUUUAGUUAUUUCUUGUUCUUUCAAUCAGUUAUUAUUCAGCUGUAUUGACAAGGUUUUCAAAUUGUUUGUAUAAUUGUUAUUGAACUGAUUUAACUAUUUUUUCAUACUCAAAAUAUUCUGUGAUGAUUUUUAUAUGUGUUUUUGUCUUGUAAUCAUGGAUAGAGUAUUAUUCAUGUUAGGAUAUAUAACAUUAAAUUUUAAAUGAAAAAUAUGAAAUUAAGAAAAAAACAGAAUAGGAAUGACAUUUUCAUAAAAAUAGGCAUUACUUGGAAGUUGAUCAGUGACAAAGUAGAGAUACUUUUAUAGAUAACAACUUCUUUAUUUACAGUAAAUAAAGAAUUUGUUAUCCAUAAAGUUAUCUCUACGUUGAUAUUUUCAUAUAUUUACUUCUGGCUCUACAAGCAGUUUGUUUGGACCAUGCAGCAAUUAUAUCUGAAAGAUUUCUUAAUUUUAUAUUAUCUCAUAUUUUCUGAUGAAAUGCAGGGAUAUUUUUUUUUAGUUUUUGGUUUAUCAAUUUUGUUUUCGUUGAUCAAAUUCAAAUCAUUUUGUCUUCUGAACAUGCUGAAACAUGCAGUUUAUUUUAUAAAUUUUAUGUCAUUAUACAUGUAUAUGGAUAAAAAGUAAAUGCUUAAUCUGUAUAUUUUUUAUCAAUAUCCCAACCUAUACAGAAAGAAGUUUUUAACAUUUUGUACUCCAUAUGCUGGUAGUAAAUCUGGCGACAUGGAACAAGUUCUGGUGAGACUUUUAACAUAAUAUUAAAUGAAAUUUUGAAUAGAAUUAAUAAAAGAGGUUACAAAAUAAGUCAAGAUAUACAAUGAACAUUUUUUUAUAACCAGACAGUGUCAUCACAUGAUUAAUUUACGUACUUCAAUACAGAUUUGUUGACAUAGUAUUUUCCGUGUUAUGUGCUCACAGUAAUGUCUUUGUGUUGGGGAAAAAAACAUCUAAACUCUUCAACCCUGUGUUAAAGACGAUCCCCUUGAGAGCCCCCUAAUUUUAAGUACGAAAAACUUGCCUUAUACACAGCAAUAUACGAUAAUGUUAAUUUUCAGUGGAAUAUCCCUUUAACAUGUUUAAUGCAUGAUGAUACACUGAUUUAUUGUUGAUUGUCUGUGGUCUGUUUGCUCCUCAACUGAACUAUUUAUUAAGUGUAGCCGAAAUGCCUGCCAUCAUUACCAUGGUUACUGACAUGGUUUUGUCACGAUGCUGAUUACUACAGGCUAGUUAAGGGCUUGUGUUGAAAUCCACAGGGAUCAUGUAAGCUAUAUUACUUAAAUAUAGAAGUAGUUGUGUCUAUGUAUUAGAGGUUAGAUACAUCAGCCUAUGGCAUCGCUGUUCACAUUCAAUGCAAUUAGCUUCUAUUUGUUAGUUUGUUGUUUAAUGCCACACUCCACAAUAUUCAAGCCAUUCUAUUUUAUUGGUUUGAUGUAUUAUUUGUAGGCCAGGGUCUUUUAAAUUUAAAAUGUAGACGGUAGGUCGGAAAAAAAAAUGCAUCGCACUGGAUUUUUUAAUCAUCUUAAAGUUUGAUUUGGAUUGGAAGGUGAUUAAAAAAAAUCUUGGCCAUUUGUGUCCUUAUGAAUAUUUAAAAUAUAAACUCUGACUUGUUAUGACAAUUUAUUGUCAAACAAAUUCUGUUUUAGCCAUAUAAAAAUACCUUAGAUUACAUUUAUUGUCAAAGCAACCUUUACUGUCGUUGGUAUAAACAUGAUAAAAAAAACUUGUCAUUCUGAUUUUUUUAUAAAAUGAUAUUUUAGGAACAUAUUUUAGCAUUUCUGUAUGACUGCUUAAUAAGCAGUUCCUAAUUAAGUGCCUCAAAGAAUUCACCUGGUGCUAGAAGUGGGGAAAAGUGUUUUCCAUGCUUAUGUUGUGAUCGGUUUUACGAACAUCAGUUUACCAGUCAUUGAAGAACAUGUAUUAGAAUCUUCUCCAGCUCUUUGCUGCACAGCAUUAAAAACAGCUAGUCAUGUUAGAUGUUUAGUCUUGGUGCCAACCCCCUUUCCCCUGAAUCCCGAAUACCAUUAAUUUUUUCACUUGAAUCUCAUUUGCUCACCCCUGAAUCCCAAAUACUUUUUAACGCAAAUCUCAAAAGCACAUGUCAGAAUUCACUCUACAAAGGCAGAAUGUUGAUCACAGAUGAAAACUUAUAGAACACGUUCCUAGGUCAUAAGGGAUAGUAUUUGAAGUUAGAUUAAUCAAACAUAUCAAAAAUAUUGCAUAAAUAAAAUAUAUAUAGGAACUUUUUACACCUACCAAUACAUUUUUUAAAUGUUGAAUCUGUGAACCAAAUACAAUUUUAUUUGCGUCCCAUGAACCUCACGAAUCCCGAAUACCCUCUAAGACCCUGGAAUCACUCGUUCCAAAAGGGGGUCGGCCAUGUUGGCAGCCUCAAUCUUCAUAGGUCUCCUGAUCUUUGUUUGUUGUAUGUGAUUACACGUUAGUUUAACAUUUAUUGAUCGGAGAUGUAAACAUGUUACCAUGGUAACUGAAUAUUUGUUACUCCACUAUGGAAUUACUGUAUGAAUUGCUAUGAGAAGUUUAACUUUAAUGAAUGGCACGUGAAUUUUUUAGAUAGCUUUGAGUAGAAAUUGAGAUUUGUUAACAUGAUUAAGAUAUAAAAUAACUGAGCAUUUUUAAUAACAAGGCUAGACUCAUUCAUUCUCUUGUUAUCGGCAAACCUUAUAAAAAAAUUAUACAUUUGAGAAACAGUAUUUAAAUUAUGUUUUUGAUUUAAGUAUUUCUUUUAAGCAUGUUUUUUUUUGUUAAAAAAAUAAAAUAAAUUUGCUUACCCAUAUGUAUAAAAUUCAGUAAGUUUUGUCCUGGUUGAAUUGACUUUGUCAACACAAGCUGCCAGUACUGCAGAUGCACAUGUGUAUUUCUAGACGAACACCCUAAUCAUGCCUGGUUGUAUAGUCUCUAUAUACCCUGAAUGAUUCAUAGCCACUUGACAAAUCAACACAAUUCUCAUCUUGAAAUAACCAGCCAAUCAAAUCAUGCUUGUUAUCAUCACUCAUAUCUCCAUGCAGCAACUUGUAACAAAACUUUUCAUUGGAUGGCAUCAGAGUGAGUGAGUGAGUAUGGUUUUACGCCACUUUUAGCAAUAUUCCAGCAAUAUCACAGCGGGGGACACCAGAAAUUGGCUUCACACAUUGUACCCAUAUCGGGAAUUGAGCCCGGGUCUUCGGAGUGACGAGCGAACGCAUUAACCACAAGGCUACCCAGAUGCCCUAUUCAAAUAUAAACUCAAGUCUUGUUCUGGUCUCCAUUUAGAUUUUAUUUUCUUAUUUUGUAGAUAUUUAUUAUUCAAAUAAGAUAAAUUAAUCUCUUGGAGCAAGGACGUACAUAUGUACUUUGCUGGGGCUCAAUGCUAGUCUAGAACUAGUGGUGUAGUCCACAAAAUAAUUUCAAUGCUUUUAGAAUUGCCAUGUCUGUAUUAAACCUGGAGUUUGAUUGGUCAGAAUUUUGAUCAUCUUUUGCCUCAAUGAUGUGGUAGCUGGUUAUUCCAGGACAUGAACUGUAUUCAACAAGUCAUCAGCUAUGUGACAUUCAGGGUAUAUGAAGGAAAGUUGUCACCAUGGAAACCCACGUCUUUUCAAUUAAAAUGUAUUUUGUACAAAACAUUUCGAAAAGUACAUGAUUAGCUGUGUGUUUUUCAUUUUUUGACAUGCAGGUGCCAACCCCUGCCUUCCCAGAAUCCCAAAUACCAUCAUACCACUGAAUCCCUAGUACUACUUAACACAAAAGCAUUGAGUAAAGGGUGCGAUUAGAAGUUAAGUUACUGAAAAAAUAUCGAAAAUAUGAAUAAUAUAAAGUCAUUUUUUAGGUACACCAUAAUUUUUGUUUAAAUAUUGAAUCUGCGUACGGAAUAUGAUUUUAUUUGUACCCCCACUUACUGCGUCCUGAAUAUCCUCUAAAUUGAUCCCUGAAUCACUCCUACCAAAAGGCUGGUUGGCAGCCUCAUCUACUGAUAGUAGCAUGGCCGAUAUUAACUGUUGAUAUUUUAACUUGCCAUCCAUAAAGUGCCGCAAGGCAAUGGGCAGUUCUGAUGCAUUAGUUCUUUGAAUAAUCAUCACACAUUUAGAAUAUUACUUUGAAUGUUUGAGGAUGCGUACUUGUCAAUCUCAUUAAAAUCAGAUCUUAGUUCUCGCUAGCGCUAAACAAAGAUCCGAGGACAUUCCAUUACGGGUCAUGUCAGAACGACCUUUUGCAAACUUUGACUAACCACUGAAAUGACUGACAAAAGUCGACAUCAGCCAAUUAGAAAGCAUCUUUCUCGACCUUUACGGCACUCAUUUCAACCUGGCGACUUCCAUUUCAGACUACGUUUGAAAAAUAUGUUGACGCAGUUCUCAUUUAAAAUUUUGAAAACUGAGCAAACGAACAUCCCGGAAUGUCUAAAUAUUGUUGAGAUUGUAUGGCAGCGCUUCCUACGUACUGUGCAACGCCUGUUUCGUUCAACUAUUUAUCCCAUGGAAGCGAGAGAUAGGCGAAGAUUUUGCUGGAAUCAGUCGUACAGGCCGUAACUGUUGUUCAGAAUACCCCAUGUUAACAUUUUCGAGGUUGCAUCAUUAGAAAACACAUUCCGACUGUCACUUUCAUGAUCUGGUAAGUGUCGAUGUGAUUGGUUGGAUGAAAAGUUGUUCUGACAUGACCUGUAAUGGGAUGUCCUCAGAUCUUUGUUUAGCGAUAGCGAGAACUAAGAUCUGAUUUUAAUGAGAUUGCCUACUUGUUAGUGUGGUCUCUUUCUACUGUAAGUAUCGAAUACCAGAUUGUGUGAAUCUAUGUUUGUUAUUGUCCGACAGGAAACAUUGUAAUACUCUUUGUAAUGUUAUACGUGAUGGAAUUUGAACCAUUUCUUGUAAACUGAGCGUUAUUCUGCAAUGACUGAGUUGAAUUGAGAACAAAGUGAUAUUUGUCCUUGUGAAAAUAUUUCCAUGCACCUCGUGCCUUCUGGAAUGUGUCACACUUCUGCAUGCUUUUCAAUAAAAUGCAGUCGUCAUCAUUAUGCUAAA